UUGUUUCGUCAUCUCGCUUUUCUUUUCCUCUUUGUACCAUACAAGCCUUCAUAGAAAUCCCUCGACACUUCUCGGAUCUCCAUAGCAUCCCCCCACCCUCUCGAUCUUCCGCAAAUAGACAAUAGACAAGACCACCACCUUUCUCAGCUCGAACUUUAACGGCGCCACAGCGAUGAUCAGCUUAUCGCUACAGUCCACCAUCCUCCUUCUCACCGCCCAACUAUUCUCUCCCAUACCCCUCGCCUCUGCUUCACCCAGUACGGAUCACGCCUCUGCAAAUGUGGUGAUAUCAGAGAGAUCCUCUGGGGCGGAGCCACACGACAUCAUAGGGUCGGCGGCGAGCCUACGGAAGCGAGCCAGUGGAUAUAACGACCCCAGGACCGAGGGAGGAUACAUGCUCACCAUUGUCAACGGAACAUACCCAGCCGGCCUGGGGGAACCGCUUAAUGUCAUCCUCUCCGGUGACUCGGACGAUGCAGUGCUCGAAAAAAGCACCGACAACGGAGGGUUCUUGAAUUACAUGCUAGCCUCGGGUUUGGGUGAAGAAUGUCUUGGCCAACACUUGGGCUCAGACCAAGAAGCAAACCUCGGUGACGGCCAAGGCAAUGUGACCGAAGUCGAAGAGUUGAGGUACAACUACGGAGAUCCAUACAUCGGAACUUGCCAAGAGACUUUCAAGGGUGGUCUGCAUCUGAGAUAUUGGAUUCAGAACACCACUGGAGCGUACUUUAUGGCUGUCAGCGUGGAGCAGAGUCUUUCUUCGGGACACGAUAUCAUUGCCGACGGCUAUAACAUCGGCCGAGAUGAGCUUGUCGGCAACAUGACUGGGCAGACUAUUGACACUCGAGGUCUGACCAAUGGCUCGACUGUCAGCGGAUCGGCGACCUACAACAAUUACACAUAUCAGACCGAUGUCGAAUAUGUCCCCGGAUUACUAUCCAACUCUAGUGACGACAUCAACCACUACCUAACUGUAGAGGAAGACGGGUACCCCGCUAUUGAUGGACUGGUGGCGGUUUUGACCGUCAAGAUCACUGACAAGCCCAGCUCAUUCGCUCUGCCCGCUUUGGCGUCAUAUCCCGCUUUAUCGUUGAUGCCCUUGCUCAUCUGUUCCCUUGUCACUUUGAUUUGAGUUUUCUUUUCUUUUCAAGUCGUGAUGGCUUAUACCCCCUGUCCAUUCUAUCUCAAACCGCGGCUACCUAUCGCGUGACCAUUUAUCAUAUGUCUUCAUCCAAUUCUAGCGAAGACCAGUAUCUUUAUUGUAGCCUUGCCCCUGCUUAUACUCACGAUAUCCCCUUUGGACUCUUUUUGUCAGUUCUUUUUUCGGAUUUUCUUCUUGUCAUAUAUACCCAAUUAGAUUAGAUACAAGAUUCUUCCUGGCGUGUCACUAUAGAAUUUAAAACAGCGCAUAGACGGCGAUUGGUGGAUGUAUGUAAAGGAAGUUGAAAGCCCUGAAAUGGUUCCGUUUGGUUCGGCACCUGCCGCCCUCAGCGCGACGAUGCGUCUAUUUGGCGUCUAUCGACUGUCCGUCCUUGGCCUCUG